AUGGACGAGCUGUCAGCCCAGGGCAAGCAGGUCAUUGCGGUGGGUGAUUUCAAUGUGGCCCCCCACCAGGCUGACCUGUACCCUGGGGCGGGGCCGCUGGAGGGGUGCUACGAGGGCGAUGAAUUGGCGGCCAUGAGGGGCCUCAUGGCCGCCUACCCUGACGCGUGGCGGCGCCUGCACCCCGAUGACUGCGACAAGUUCACAGUGUGGGACACCAAGACCAGCGCCCGCCCCUUCAACCGGUGUCCGCCCUGUCGUGAAGACGCGCCCCUGCUGUGGCUUGAGCCUCAGGGGGACACGCAGGGCAACGGCUACGCGGCCGCGGACCCGAACGCCCCCAACCUCGGAGCGCUCACCGCCCGGCCCCUGUGCGCGUCUGCCUCGGGAAACGCGACCCAGGGCUGCCGCAUCGACUUUGUGAUGCUGUCGCCCGGCCUGCUGGACAGAUUAGAAGCGUGUGAGAUCAGGUACGACCUGCCCCACUCCUGGAGCGACCACGCCCCCGUCACCUGCGACAUCCGGCUGGACCCCCCCGCGCCGCAGCGGCCGCCUUGCAGGGAGUGGCUGCAGCUGCAGCGCCGUUUUGUGGACCCAAAUCAGCGGUCAAUCAAGUCAAUGUUUGGCGCGCGGCCGGGCCGCGUGGGGGCAGGAGGGAGGGCCGCCGGCGCCGCGGCAAGCGCGAUCGCCCCGGCGGCGGCGGCGGCGGCGGCGGCAGGGGACGGGCCGGCAGCGAGCGUGGGGGCGCCUGAGCUUGGAAAGGGGCCGCAGGCGCACGGCCCGGUCGAGGAGAGCGCUCGCAGCCGUUCAAAAUCUGAAGAAGGGGCGCCGCCGGCCAAGCGGCGGCGGGCGGGCGACACCGUCGGGGCGGCGCCGGCUGCGGCUGGCGCUGGCGCGAGUGCGGGCGCUGCGCCGGGUGACGGGGGGCGUGCGGGCGACAGGGAGGGCAGGCUGGGGGCGGCGUCGCCGCCCCCGCAGGGGGAGCAUGGGGAUGGAGGCGGCCAGGCAGGGAAGAGAGAAAGAGGGUCGGAUGGGGAUUUGCGCGAGGGGGCACAUAAGCGACUGACGGGCAGCGACGUCGAAAUCGGGCAGCAGCAGCAGCAGCAGCAGCAGCCGGAGGAGCAGCAGCAGCAGCAGCAGCAGCAGCAGGAGGAGCAGCAGCAGGAGGAGGAGGAGCAGCAGCAGCAGCAGCCGGAGGAGGAGCAGCAGCAGCAGGAGGAGGAGCAGCAGCAGGAGCCGCAGAAGCAGCAGCUGCUGCCCAGCAAACGCAACGGAGCCAAUCCCAAGGCGGCGACGGGUGGCAAGCGGAAGGGCUCUGUGGGCCGAGGGGGCAAGGGCGGCAGCGGCCGGGGCGGCGGCAAGGGCUCUGCAGCCCGCGCCGCCGACAAGUCGCUCUUCGACUGCCCCGUCUCCCAGCUCUCCACGCGCGCCCCCGGCGUCGUCGUCGCCGGCGGCAUCUCCUGCAACGUGCCCGACCCCAACGCCGCCGCCGCCGCCGCCUUCGCGCUCAAAGCCCUGGGCGGCCCCUCCCCGCGAAAUGGGCCCCUCACAGUCUCGUCUGUCUUGAACUAUGGGACCCAGGUCGCGAGCAACAGCAUACGGCGGUUUGUGACCUUCGCGUUUGCGGAUGCCAAAGGGGGCCACGGCGUGCUUCAGGCUGAGGUGCUCGUGCAGCCCCAGGGCGGCCUGAAGCUGCUGGGCAGCCGCCGCGUCCCGACCUCGGCGCUCGCCGCGUCCGCGUCCGCGAAGGCCGCGCCGGCCGGCCCGCUGUAUGCCUGCGGCGCGCCCGGCGCCGCAGGCGGCGUCGCGUGCGCGGGCGCCGGGCCCAACCCCGACGCGGAGCGGGCGGCGACGUUUGCUCUUAGACAGAUCAACGCGGCCGGCGCGUUCGCGAGGGGCCCGGCCACGUUCAUCACGACGACUCGGCCGUACGCGACCCAGGUGGUCGCGGGGCUCAACUACUUUUUGACGUUUGUGGUCACGACACCCGACGGUCACGCGGCGGUGGUGCAGGCCAAGGUCUACCAAAAUCUGCAGCGGCAACAAUCACUCACCGCGUGGGCCCUCGCGCCGCAAGCCGCGCUGCUCGGCGCCACCGCCGCGCCCGUGGCGCCCGCCGCGCCCGCCGCCAAGACCGCGCCUGCGCCGGCCGCGCGGCUGCCGACGGCGGCGGCGAAAGCGCCGCUGUUCACGUGCCCGGUGGCGGGGCGGCCGGGCGGCCUGUUCUGCCGGCCGGCGGACGCGGACGCGACGCGGGCGGCCGAGGUCGCGUUGGCCCAGAUCAACGCCGCGAAGGGCGUCACGGGUGGCCCCCUCAAGCUCAAGGCCGUCACCACCUAUGCCACCCAGGUCGUGGCGGGCACCAACUAUUGGGUGGAUUUUGUGGCUAAGGACGCAGCCGGCGCAGACAAGCGCAUCCAGGCGCGUGUCUUCCGGCCGCUGCCGGUCUAUGGCGGCGACUGGAAGCUCAGCGAGUACGUGGUGCUGUGA